CUUUGUUUUAGUCAUGUGACAUUAAGUCAUACUAUAUGUUAAAACGGAUGUAAUGUUGAAAUAAAUUAACUUCUUUGUGUUUAGCUUAUUCGUCCAUUGUAAAACAGUGACUAUUUGGAACAUAUUUCUUAUCACUAUAUACAUGUACACACAUUGAUCGUGAGAGAAUACUUAUAAGAAAGAUGAGUUACACAAAUCCUUCGGCACCAUACCCCCAGCAACCACCGCCAUACGGAGCGACCGGACAGUAUAAUAAUGGACCCUAUCCACCGGCAGGGGCUUAUCAACCAGGAUAUCCUCAACAAGGACCAUAUCAGCAACAACCACAACAAACAACUGUGUAUGUAUAUAACGACGACAGGGCACAACAGCGACGAGAUCAAGAGUUAGCCGAGGAUUGUUGUUUAUUGGCGUGUUGUUGGGCAAUGUUGUGUUGUUGUCUUGCAAACCAAUGAGUCAGACACAUUACCAAAGUCUUGAAGUCUUCCUGUGGUGCAACCAAUGUACUUGUAUGGUUUUCUAGAACCAUCAACAAACAAAUUUUGUUAAAUAGCUUUAUCAUUUGUAACAUUUAUCACCGUUAUUAUUAACAUUCCAAUUGACGAAUAUAUACUGUGCAAAUAUCUGUUAAUUUUCUUUGAAAUAUCGAAAAGUGGACAGCUCUGACUUGAUCAUAUAAAAAUCAUCAAAUCAUGUUUUACGAACAUUCUACAAUAAAAAUGGUGGAUCAACGUUAUCAGUAUAAAGAAAAUUACAAAAAACAACAUUUUUCAUUGACUCGCCUAUAGUGUAACGCUAACAUUCAGUGCUUCUUUACGCUAUGUUUGUAUAACGAAAUGACGUCACGUAAAAAUAUAUGCACGGCCGUGCAAAACAAUUAUUACGGAGUCGAAAGAUCGUCAAGUAUAUGUGAUAAAUCUAUAUCAUGAGUAACAACGGUAUUUAUACAGUUAUAAUAGAAUAGGCGGAUAGUUUAAAAUUAUUAAAUUGUCAAACAGUACGUAGUGCAAUAAAUACAUUCAUGUUUAUAUGUUUAUAGUUUUCACAUAACGUAUUGAUUUUUAUAUGAAAAAUUAAAUCAUUUGUUACUAUA